GCCCGCCCAGGCGGACUCUCCCACAGCGGCCCCGUCCUCGGGGCUCAGGGCUCAGGGCGCGCCAGCCCUGACACGUCAGCUCGGGUCCCCCGCUCGGCCUGCUCCUCUAGGGGCCCCCAGGCCGAUGGCCGGUCUGAACGUGUCCCUCUCCUUCUUCUUCGCCACCUUCGUCCUCUGCCAGGCGGCCAGGAGGGCGUGCAAGGCCCUGCUCCCGGCGGGCGCCUACGCCAGCUUCGCCCGGGAGGCGGUGGGCGCGGCCCAGCUGGGGGCCUGCUGUCUGGAGAUGCGGAUGUUGGCGGAGCUCGGCCCCUGGGCGGGGGGCUUCGGCCCCGACCUGCUGCUCACCCUGCUCACCCUGCUCUUCCUGGUUCACGGGGCGACCUGCGACGGCGCCGCGGCCAACCCCACCGUGUCCCUGCAGGACUUCCUCCUGGCCGAGGCCUCCGGGCCCCGCACGCUGCUGAAGCUGGCGGCCCAGGGGCUGGGUGUGCGGGCGGCCUGUGCCCUGACCCGGCUGUACUGGGCCUGGGAGCUCUGUGACCUGCACGUCCUCCAGAACCUCCUGGACCCGCACUGCAGCUCCCCCCUGCGCACGCCCGUGUCCCACGGCGCGCUCGUGGAAGGCGCCGGCGCCUUCCUCUUGCACCUGACCCUCCUCCGGCUCCGGAACAGCCUGCCCGCCUACCGGGUGCCGGCCGUGGCCCUGCUGGCCACCGUCAUGACCCACACAGCUGGGCCCUUCACGUCCGCCUUCUUCAACCCGGCCCUGGCCACCUGGGCCACCUUCCACUGCUCGGGCCACACCCUGCUGGAGUACAUGCAGGUGUACUGGCUGGGUCCCCUGACAGGGAUGGUCCUGGCCGUCCUGCUGUAUCAUGGCCGCCUUCCUCGCCUGUUCCAGAGGAACCUGUUGUACAGCCAGAAGAACAAGUACCGAACUCCUAGAGGGAAGCCGGCCCCGGGGCCUAGAGACACCCAGACGCCUGCAGAGGGGUGCAGAAGCCGGGAGCCUGGGCGGGGUGGGGCGGGGCAGCCGCUGCCGGGCUCCCGCUGAGCCAGCACGGUCUGGGGGGACGGCCGGGGCUCUGGCUGGACUCUGGGGCCUCCCUGAGCCGAGGGGGGACCGGACCCGCAGCCCCUUCUCCCCCCAAACCUUUCGUCAAUAAACCAUUCCUAAGACCU